UACACUGCUCACUUAUUGGCAUUGGGUCAAAUGUAAGUGACAUCGGUCACUCUUGUAAACAAACUGUCUGAAUGAUCUAUUUUAAUUUCAUCUAAACUAAGUUAGAAAGACUUUCCAUCGUUGCCCUUGCGUGACUGUCCACUCCAGCCAACUGACCCCUCCUUUACUCACCAGGUAUGUGCUUUGGCGUUUAUGGUCUGUCAACGUUUCACUGUGACUUUUAUUCCAAAUGUGAUAUGAGCUUGUCUGUCGAAGGAGAAGCGCUAACUGCUGUCUUUGAAAGUAAAAGCCGCAUUUCAGUGUUACCAACAUCGGCGCCAUGUUGCUGCCGAAGGAGGAAGGCGGUUAAUGACCACGCUGGUACGUCGUAUCCGGUUUCCAGCAACCCUGUCAGUGUCAGUGCUAGCAGACAAGUAGCUUUAGUGCACUCUACGUUAUAUUUUGAGGACUUAUCAGCCGCUACUUUAAUGUUGACACGACGGGAUUUAGUAUCUAGCGGUUGAUGAAUGUCCUGCUAACGGUAAGUGCCUUUGCGAUAGCUCCGUGAGUCGGAUAGUUUUACUUCAAAACAGCAGCUGAAGCUAAAGGAAGAACACGUUGUCUUCUUUGUCAGGCACACAACUGUUAAACUGGGUCACUCGGUCAAGAAUCGGUGUUUAGCUUUAUCACAUUUAUUGGAAAGGAAACCCCUUCGCACCUCGCACUCAGGAUGCCCUGCCACAAUCAGCAGCUUAACAAUGUCAACAGUGGCCAGGAGCACCCAAUGAAGCAAGUGCGAUUUGCAAACAACGGCAGCAGCAGUGUGCCUGCAGUGCUGCCCACUUCUGAAGCCUCUGAUGGUAGCAUACAGACUGACAGCAGCCAAGAAAACGUGGGACCUCAGCUCAAACUUCUCCCUCUCAAUGACCAGAUCCGUGAGUUACAGACCAUAAUCAGAGACAAGACAACCAGCAGAGGAGACUUUGUGUUUUGUGCUGAUCGACUGAUCAGACUAGUAGUUGAAGAGGGUUUGAACCAGCUCCCGUACUCGGAGUGCACUGUGACUACGCCAACAGGGUACAAGUAUGAAGGAGUCAAGUUUGAAAGAGGCAACUGUGGAGUCAGCAUAAUGAGGAGUGGUGAGGCCAUGGAGCAGGGUCUACGAGACUGCUGCCGCUCCAUCCGCAUUGGCAAGAUCCUCAUCCAGAGUGAUGAGGAGACACAGAAAGCCAAGGUCUUCUAUGCCAAGUUCCCCCCUGAUGUGUACAGAAGAAAAGUCCUGCUCAUGUACCCUAUCCUUAGUACCGGCAACACUGUUAUCGAGGCAGUGAGGGUGCUGAUCGAGCACGGAGUCCAGCCCAGACAUAUUAUCCUCCUCAGCCUUUUCUCCACGCCUCAUGGAGCCAAAUCUAUAAUCCAGGAGUUCCCCGAUAUCACCAUCUUGACCACGGAGGUCCACCCGGUGGCUCCGACACAUUUUGGACAGAGGUACUUUGGCACCGACUGAACCGAAGACAACAUGAGGAACAUGACUAGCAAAUAGUUUUGAGUAUAUUUUGUCUUGUUUAUUUAAAUGUUUCUCAUGUUCUCCUUGUUGUGCCAAAUACUGCUACUUGAGCUCCAUAGUUCCUCAACUGAUGCAAAACAAUUAAUCUGAGCAAUUGUAUUUAUUGAUUUUGCUUUUUUUUCGUGCUGUUUAUCCUCAUGCUAAAGGAAGAGAACAAAUGUGAAAUGUAUAAUGAGUUCAUCUUGGAUCAUUUUAUUUGCAUGUUACAACAACCAAUGGAAAAUAAAGAAUUUAUAUUUGUUAAACGACAGAACAACAAAUGAAA